AUGUCGCAGUCGCAUGGCGAAGAAAAAAAUGAUGGGAGCUUCAUCAUUUCGAAAGCAGCUAAUUCUUCACAAGAGAAUAACUUCAAUCAAAGGAUGGGCACAGCUGAUGAUAAGUGGGGUGACGAGUGCUCUGUAAUUGGGGACAAGGGAGAGAUUGAGUUUAUUGAUUAUCAAAAUGACAAAUCUGUGUGUAGUUAUGAUCCCAGUGAAGAGGGUCCUGUUGUCAUUUCUGCCCCAUUUCCAUUUGUAGAGGGAAAGCCCCGAGCAGUGUUUGUUGGGGAAACUGCUAUUGAUUCCAUUACUAUUAAGAACACCACCUCUGAAGCUGUUGAUUUAUGGACCAAAAUUUAUGCCUCGACUCCCGAGGAUUCUUUUAAGCUUUCAUUGAAGAAACCUCCAUCAACUAAUGAUGUUAAGGACAGUGAAGGCUUCAUAGAUUUUUUAGUAAUGGAGGAUCGAAUGCUUCAGCCUGGCGAGGUCUUAACCAUUUGGUUGUCCUGCAAACCUACGGAACUUGGCCUGUGCACUACAGUGGUGCAUUUUGACGUUGGCAAUGAUAGGAUAGAACGAGUGGCUUUUAUGUUGGCUGAAGAUAAGAUAUCUCAGUCUUUGGCUCCCAAAAAGCCUUAUUCAAGAGGCCAAAGAAAGAAACACUUCUCCGUGGAAACAUUUGUUGCUGCAGGUUCACGUCCAGCAAGGGCACUGGGUCGAGUGUACAAAAACAGGCUUCCUCGUUAUGAUAUUCCUAAAGAUAUUAGAGAAUUGAUUGAGAGCAAGCAGAUCCCUGAUGCUAUCAUGGGAGGUCUAACAAUAGAGAAUUAUGCUUCUUACUUCAAAACACUAUUGAUCAUGGAAGAACUGCAACUGGAGGAAGACAUGAGGAAUCAUGACAUGGAGUGUAUUACGAUGAGGAGGAAGGGGAAUUAUCUCUCCCUUGUAGUCCCAGGGCUUGCUGAACGGAGGCCCUCCCUUGUCCAGGGGGAUGAUGUUUUUGCACAGCCUGUAGAUGCAGAUGACACAACAAUUCCAUAUCAGGGCAUUAUCUACCGAGUCGAGGCUGAUGAAGUGCACUUGAAGUUUUCCCGAGACUUUCACCUGUGCCAUAAUGAUAGAAAUCUUUACAAUGUGCACUUCAAAUAUAGUCGAGUUAAUAGUAGAAGACUGUAUCAGGCCAUUGAUGCUGCAAAGGAUUUAGAAACAGAGAUGCUGUUUCCAUCUGAGACCUCUGGAAUUAGGCAUAUUGAAACUUCUACUCUGGUGCCUAUAUCUUGUAGUCUUAAUGAGGAGCAGAUCUGUUCAAUAGAGAUGAUUCUUGGCUGCAAAGGAGGCCCACCUUAUGUGAUUUAUGGGCCUCCAGGGACAGGUAAAACCACGACAAUUAUAGAAGCAAUGCUCCAGCUUUAUCAGAAAAGAAAGAGUGCUCGGAUUCUUCUAUGCGCACCUUCAAAUAAUGCAGCAGAUUACCUGUUAGAGAAGCUUCUCAGUGAGGAAGCUGUUCACAUUCAAGAGCACGAAAUAUUUAGGCUUAAUGCACCAUCCCGUCCAUUUGAGGACAUGAAGCCUGAUCUUAUUCGUUUUUGUUUAUUUGAUGAGCGUAUCUUCAUAUGUCCUCCACUUGGUGCUCUUACUCGCUAUAGAAUCAUCAUAUCUACCUAUACGAGUGCCUCUCUUCUCAAUGCUGAAGGUGUUGAGCGAGGCCAUUUCUCUCAUAUUUUCUUGGAUGAGGCUGGCCAAGCUUCCGAACCCGAGAGCAUGAUUUCUAUAUCGAACUUCUGCAACAGGGAUACAGUUGUUGUUCUUGCUGGAGACCCCAUGCAAUUGGGUCCAGUAAUAUACUCCAGAGAUGCAGAGAGAUAUGGACUGGGGAAAUCAUACUUGGAGAGGCUCUUUGAAUGUGAAUCUUUUUAUAACGAAAAUGAAAAUUAUGUGACAAAACUGAUAAGAAACUACAGAUGUCACCCAGAAAUUCUGUAUCUUCCUUCAAUGUUGUUCUAUGAGGGAGAAUUGAUGGCCUGCAGAGAGUCAAAUGAUGAUUCAACUUCCUUGAUGACUUUGACAAACCUCCUUCCAGGGAAGAACUUUCCUGUCCUCUUCUUUGGCAUCCAAGGCUGUGAUGAGAGGGAAGGAAAUAACCCAUCAUGGUUUAAUCGAAUUGAAGCAAGCAAGGUAGUAGAGAUCAUCAAGAAGCUGACUACAAGGGGUAACCUGAGCGACACUGAUAUUGGGGUCAUAACACCUUAUCGGCAGCAAGUACUCAAACUAAAGAAAGCACUUGAAGACUUAGAUAUGCCUGACAUUAAAGUUGGCAGUGUAGAACAAUUUCAAGGACAAGAAAGGAAGGUUAUCAUUGUAUCUACUGUGCGAUCAACAAUCAAACACAAUGAGUUUGACAGAGUCCACUGUUUGGGAUUCUUAAGCAACCCAAGAAGGUUUAAUGUGGCUAUUACUCGUGCUAUAUCUCUGCUUAUCAUUACUGGGAAUCCACACAUUAUUAGCAAGGACCAGUACUGGAAUAAACUUCUAUGGCACUGUGUAGAUCACGACUCCUAUCAAGGUUGUGCUCUCCCAGAAAGACAGGAGUAUGUUGACGACUAUCCAACCUAUGAGGAUUGUGUCAACUACAAUGGAGAACAGCCUUUGCCCUCUGGAGAAGUUGGAUGGUGUCCGGCAUCCUCGCAAACAGAAAUUCAAAAGCCUGUGACAAAUGAAGCUGAGUGGUCUGAUGGUUGGCAACCUGUGUCCUCUGGCGAAAUUGGAUGGGAUCAUCCAGGGUCAUCUCAAGCAGAAAUUCCAGCACCUGUGACAGAUGAAGCUGAAUGGUCUGAUGGUUGGCGGUAA